UUUCUCCACAGUGCGUCUCUCUCUUUGGAGACAGGAGCUCAUCUACCUUCAGUCCAGUGAAUAGGAACCAGCAGCGCUCACCAUGAUCUCUGUGCUUUCCCUGUUUCUACUGGCAGGAGCACACAGCGCGACGGCAAGGAUUCACUCUAUGAAGAAUUUCUACACUGCGUCGUCUCAAGUCCCAAACUUUCCAGAGUUUGUGUAUGUUGGUUUGGUUGAUGACGUUCAGAUCGAAUACUAUGACAGCAACACAAAGAAAGCAGAACCCAGACAGGACUGGAUGUUAAAGGCAACUGAUGCACAGUUCUGGAAGAGGGAGACUCAGAAAGCUUUGGGUCAACAGCAUUCCUUCAAAAACAACAUCGAAAUCUUAAAGGAGCGCUUCAACCAAACUGGAGGUGUUCACAUUUUCCAGCGGAUGGACGGAUGUGAAUGGGACGAUGAGACUGGAGAAGUUAAAGGUUUUAAGCAGUAUGGUUAUGAUGGAGAAGACUUCAUAUCAUUGGACCUGGAGACAGAGACGUGGAUCGCUCCAAAAUCACAGAGUGUCAUCACCAAACUGAGGUGGGAUCAGGAGAAAGUUCAACUCGCCCAGAAUAAGAACUUCCUCCUCGUGGAGUGUCCUUUCUGGGUGAAGAAGUACCUGGAGCAGGGGAGGAGCUCUCUGCUGAGAACAGAGCUUCCCAGGAUCUCUCUCCUCCAGAAGUCUCCCUCCUCUCCAGUCACCUGCCACGCUACAGGUUUCUACCCCGACAGCGCCGUGUUGUUCUGGAGGAAAGACGGGGAGGAGCUUCAUGAGGACGUGUACCGUGGAGAGGUUCUCCCCAACCAUGACGGGACCUUCCAGAUGAGCGCUGAGCUGAAGGUUUCCUCCAUCUCUCCUGGAGACUGGAGGAGGUACGAGUGUGUGUUCCAGAUCUCUGGUGUGGAGGAGGACAUCGUCAACAAACUGGACAAAGACUCAGUCCAGUCCAACAGAGAGAAGCCCACCGACAUGACCAUCAUCACCAUCAUCAUCAUCGCUGCAGUGGUCGCUCUCGCUGGCGUCAGCGCUGUCAUUGGAUUCAUCGUGUACAGGAAGAAGAAAGCCCAAUGUACUUCACUUCCUGGAAAAGAUCGAGGUUCCUUACAGCCUCUGAGAUCAGAUGAUGGAGGUUCUAAUUCUCCAAGUGAGACGUCCUCCUGAACACAGUUUAAGGACGAGAAGCAGUGUCACCACAGUCUCCCUCUUACGCUGGGAACUCAUUGAUUAUUCAUCACCCAAAUCAUAAAGUGAUAUUCAGGGUCAGACAUUGAUUGAAAUACAAACAACACAACUGACAAAUAUGAAAAAGAAAUGGUGGCGUUGAUUAAAUUUGAUCUUGUAGUUAAAAAUAAGAAAUGUGAACUUCCCUCUGAUAAAUGUUUGUUUAAAUAUUGGUAAAUCAAAUGAGGAUUAUUACUUUUCUUUACCUGGAGUGAAUUUAAACCCAUUUUCAAAAACAAUGAAAGUAUCACAACACUGUUCACAAACAAUUCAUUUAAAGAUCAUCUUAGUUACAGUUUUAUAUUCCUGGUGUUUGGGAAUCCUUUAAAAAUCAUUAAAAAAAUACAAAUCUAAAUUAACGUAUAUAGAGACCCACACAUCCUCAUCUCAGGGUCUGGAAAUAUAAUCUGUCUCAUGAUUCCAUAAAUCUGUUGGUAUGUGACUCACAUAUCUCGAGAACUGUUCAUUUAAUCAGCUUCACACUGGACCUGUGUGUUGUUCAGGGCCCAAGAAAGUGCAGCGUUGAAUCUGGUGGGAUUUGGACAAGUGAUGCAAUAAAUUUUAAUAGAAUUCAAUUAACUUUAUAAAGUAAAGUAUAUGCAACACACACAACACAAGCAUCAGUACAAAAUUUGUUUUCGAGUUAAAGUGUAAAUAUUCAGAUUUUAUUUUAAUUCUAAUUUGGCCUGAACAAGAAAUUAAUUAAUCCAGAGUUGCUUGUUUUUUGUUUGGUUAUAUUCAUGCUUUGCUGUGUUCUUCACCUUUAAAGCUCAUUUUAGUGGAGAUUAUAAAAGGGUUGUGGGAUGUUUUAAGAAUCUCAUAUGAAAUGUUCUGUUAAUAUUUCCUGUUAGUUUUUAGGGACAAGGGAAUUAUCUGUUUAAGCCUUGUUAAUAUUUACACUGUAAAAAUGAAAAGUUUCCAACAGCGCAAAAUCACUGAACCAUACUUUUGUAAGUUUAAAAACUCCUGAGGAUUCAAGCAGUUUAUUCCACAUGCAGACGUGAAAUUGAUCAUCCUGAGCAGUGAUGUUCUCUGUAUGAACAUUUGAAUACAUUUAUAUCGUCCUGUUGACGACUCACACACUUUACCGUACUCACUCAGUCACAUUCACUCACUCAUACAGUGUUUAUUCAGUCACACAUCAAUCACACACAUUGUCCACGAAGCUGUCAGGUGUAGUGUUAGCGUUCUGAUUCUUGCUUAUGGACACUUGGACAUGUGGACUGGAGCAGCUGGGGAUCGAACCUGUGCUUCUCUGGUUAGUGGACGAUCCGGUCUACCUCCUGAGCCACAGCUGCCAAAACAUGCAGCUGCAGAACCAGAAUUUCUGUCCUGUAUUCAACCUAAACACUCACCUUCAUGACAUUAGGUCCCUUUUCCCCUGAUGAGACAUGAGACGUGUCAUAUCACAAACGUUCCAUUUUGUGUUUUGUCAACUUAUCUUCAGCAACUUAGUAAAGUAAGUUGAAGCAAAUAUGUUUACAAAUCCAUUAAAUAUUCUCUGUUGAUUUUAAUUUUAAAAAUCGCAGUAACAGAAAUUCAAAUUUUCAUUUUUACAGUGUAGAAACUGAACAUUGAGGCUACAUUUUUCUUAAUAUAUGCUGGGUUUUUAUCAAUAAAUGUUAAAUUAAGAUGCUUAGCUGUUUUCCUUUUGAACUUGUGUUUUUAAUAAAGUCUCUGAUGUUUUCUGUGA